AUGUCUCUUCCUCUUCCUCUUCCUAUUUCUCUUCCUCUUCUUCUUCCUCUUCGUCCUCUUCGUCCUCUUCGUCCUCUUCGUCCUCUUCUUCCUCUUCCUCUUCCUCUUCCUCUUCACCCUUUCCAAUAUGCAAUCUGGAAGCUCGAAAAGUACACCAAAAGACGCUCAUUUAUGCCAGAAUACGAUCCCAAAGAUAAAGAGUACUAUAAUCAAUAUUACAAAGACGGCACUUAUCAUGACCCCGCAAACGCCCCUCCUUUGACCAAAGCACAGACAGCGGCUAAGCGUUCUUCAUCUCUGCGAGCCAUUCAUCGUGCACCUUCCCUUUUGAGCCAAAGAGCAACAACCUUGUUCCGUAAAACAUCUGCUGCAAGUACACCUCCUCGAUGCUCAGAAAAUUAUAACCAGUCAGCACAUCGGUAA